AUUUGAAUUUCAAAUUUGAAUCGGACACAAAUGCGAAGAACGGCCGCAGUGAAAUAUUACUACCGAUCCCAACAGUGAAGUUUGGAUCUUUUGUGGAUUUCGACGAAACAUGGGAGACACGGCCUGUCUCAUGCAGCCAUUCUGCUAUGCCUCUGGCGUCUCCAAUGAAGCCAACCAGAGCAACCCAAUUCAUGCACUUGGACAGUCAAUCUCGUUCGGGAGGUUCAUGUCGGAGUCACUGUCGUGGGAGAAAUGGUCUUCUUUCUCUCAAAAUCGUUAUGUUGAAGAGGCGGAGAGGUAUUCAAGACCUGGAUCAGUUGCACAGAAGAAAGCUUUUUUCGAAGCUCACUACAAAAAACUUGCUGCUCAAAGAGCGGCUGCUUUGCUUGAACAACAAGCAAACAAUGCUGCUUCCAACAAUUUCACACAGCAAGAACAUGAGCCAAUACCUGAUAACAAUCCCAAUUUGCAGACGACAAGUCCGAAAGUUAAACUUGUCGUCAAUGAAAAACCAGACUUUAAGAUUCCAAACUCCCGGGCAAACACUCUUGGCUCAAAUAGAGACCCAAGUAUGACUAAGAGUGAAACAGAAGGCCAACCUUUUGUUGGUAAGCCAGUGAAGGUUGAAUCACGGAGCCAGCUUCAAAAUGUUGAUUACCAGAGAGAAGUGAGUGAAAAAGUUAGUGGAACACCUCCAGUAAAGACACCAAUAUUGAAGCACAAAUCUAACAAGGAAAAUUUGUCAUCGAUGAGAGAUAAGAAAUCACCUGUUUCUUCCUCCAAGUUGCUAAAGGCUACUGAAACUUCUAGGUUCACCUCCUCACCUGUGAAAUCUGCAGUUUCUGUUUGUUCCAAGAAGGACAAUUUUGCAACCCCAGCUACCAGGAAGCCUGCAUUAGGCUCCCCUGAGAAGAAGAAAUCGCCUCCUAAGUCUCUUCACAUGUCAAAUUUUACACCCAUCAGAGAACUCAAUAGGUUGACUGCAUCAGUCAUGAAGAGAUUUGAAAAUGCAAGAGUUGGUGCUGCUUCUUCCAAGGUUUCAGAGGAUAGCAGCUCGACUCCUUUAAGAACCCCAACUAUGGCUUCUAAAAAUGAGGGUCAAAAGCAUUCUUCAAGGACCCCAUUCAUAGAGAAUAAAAGGACCAAAACCCCUAUUGAUUUAUCAACUUCAGGUAGCAAAAAAUCAAGCACCAAAUGGCACCUGCUCUCUGCUGAGAAAAAGAUGAGAUCCCCUGUUAUAUCAUCCCCAUUCAGCUUGAGGACGGAAGAAAGAGCUCAAAGAAGAAAGAAGAAACUAGAAGAGAAGUUCAACGCCAGUGAGGCACAAAAAGUACAGCUGCAUACAAAGCUCAAGGAGAAAGCAAAUACAGAGAUAAGGAAACUACGAGAAAGCUUCUGUUUCAGAGCGCGACCUCUGCCUGAGUUUUAUCAGGAAAGAAAAGAAUCAAAGGAGGAAAGGCAUAAGAGCAUAUUGACACAAGUUGAAUCACCCAAACAGGGAAGAAAAGCCAUCCAGACCCCUUUACCGCCUCGGAAAGAUUCAGCGAAAAACAAUGCCGUCAAUGGAGGAAAUUCCACAAAGAAAAUGAGAAUACAUCGCCAAAUAUUCAGCACGGGAACCAAAACGACAGAUGCUACAAAAUGAUCUUACCGAGAGGUCAGUGUUUUAUAAAAAAAAAAAAAACUCGAAAUUGUAAAUGAAACUUAUUGAAAUCGACGCUCUUCAUGUGGUGUUACUCUCCAUUUUAUUACUUAGGCUUCAAUUAUUGUCGGUAUGGUCACUGUAAUUUGAACAUCGAUUCUUCCCCUAUAGGUUUUCCGCCCCACUUGUUUC